AUGUCAACUGCUGAAGUGGUGGUUUCCUGGGAAGUGUUGGCGCCAGAAUUAGAAAAGACAUGCAAUGAUUCAUUGGUUUCUAAUAGAUCCCCUUAUUUAGCUAAUAUUUUAGAAUUAAUUAAGGACAAAAAACUUUCUGAUUCUGAUCUGGCACGUGUUUCUGUUGUCUUGUUGAAGACGUUUACUAUAUACCAAGAUUAUAAGUCCAAAAAAUUGGUUAUUUCUAUUUUCCUUGAGAUUUUACAAUUGCAACCAGCCUUUUUAGAAAAGUACAUUCAUUUCAUUUCUGAACAAGUGAUAAAGAAGCCAGGUACGAAAGCUGUUUCUGAUUAUUUAAAUAUUUUGGAAUGGAUUGACGCAUUCUGGAAAUACGCAAGUAAAGAUAUAACUAUUUUUGAGGAAAAUGCUGUAAAAUUAUUACAGUCGCAAAUUUGCACAUCUGCAGCAAUUGAAAUCUCUAUUGAUAACCAUGAGCAUUCAAGGAAGACUCUCGAAAAACAAAACCAACAUAGGAGGAGAAUUCGUCAUAGCGUAUUACAAUCUAAUAUUAAGACCUUUGUAUCUGUUUUUAGAAAUAAUAAGGAUACUGCUGAACAUUAUAUGAACUUUAUAUGUAAAACUGUUCUUGAGGAUUAUACUAAGCUUUCAUUACCAGUAUCUGGUAUUUUGAUCAUCUUGGGUUCUUUAACUCAAUCAACUCUCCAAUUAUUUUCUCAGCAACCAGUUUUAAACAACAUUCUCAGAGUAAAUUAUUCAGAGAAAGCUUGUGUUUUUGUUGGUAAGGAAGUCAUCUUAGGCAAAAAUCCGCCAUCCACUUACUGUUUGGCUACUGGUUUAUCGCCAUUUAUUAAUGAAUUUGUUACUCUAGAUUUAUUUAAGAAGCAUUUUAUUCCAAACCUUGAAAAAGCUAAUCUAAGGGCCCCAGAAUUGGCCUUUAGCAUGUCAACCGAAUUUUAUCAUGCUAUAAACGCUUCUAAGAUUGAUUUGAUCGAAAUCUAUUCAUCUUCUAAACUUAUGUCUCAGUCAUUUACCUCAUUGAAAAGUACCAAAGAAGUAGUAAGAAACGCAUCGUUAAACUCAGUAAUUAUGCUAUUGAACUCCUGUGAUCCAAAAAAUACCGAUUUAAAAUGCUUAAGCAAAUUCGUAGAUGAAAUAUUUAAAAACAUAAAAUCUAAUUUGAAUGCUGAUUACAAGACAAAUGCUUCAAAGAUUUUGGUUAAUGUGCCUAUAAUAGAUAAUGAUCUUUCGAAAAAAUUGGUGAAUAAUUUAUCAGCCUAUGUUUCAAAAGAAUCUAAUGAAAUUGCCUUGGAUGCUAUGUUAUUGGCCUUCUUUAAACAUUACUUUCUUUUAAAUGAACAGAUCGAAAAUAUCAAUAAAGUUAUCAGCGAUGGUCUGAAGGAAAAAAAGCCAGUCUUGAAAAAAAUUUGGAAUCAAUGUUUCCUAGAGUGUUCUGAAUAUGCAACAACAGAUAUUUUAUGCACCUUCUCGGCUGAGUGCUUAGAUUUUAUUAAAGAUACUUUAUCACAUCAUCCUAAAACAAAUCAGCGAGCAAAUUUGUCUUCUUUCCAAUUUAUAAAUCGUAUUAACGUUUUAAAAAUAGAACAAAUUCAAAAAGCUAUUGGCCUUAUUUUUGAAUCUUUACCUUCAACCACUUUGGGUGUUUCAUUUUUGGAGUUAACUUUAUCUACUGUCUUAUCCUCUGAAGAGCGUUUAUUAGCAGUUCAAUUAUUAAAACAGUUAUUUAGCAUUUAUCCAAGCAUAAUUGGGUUCAGUAUCAUUAGCUCUUUAGAGGAAAAAAUUAACACUAUUAUUGAGGAUACAACCGAGAACACUACUUCGUACAGUUAUAUUUCAUCUGUUUUUGACGCUAUUAGUCAACCACUUGAGAAUAAGGAAAUUCUCUCUAAGAUUUUAAUUCGUAAUUUAAUUGUCGCUCAAAGCAAAUUCUUCCGUUUGAAAAAUGGAUGGGCUAGUUUAGCCUUGUCUGCUGGUUUAGAUCCAUUCAACAUUAUUAAGGAUCAUUCAACUGAGCUAGUGGAACGUAUUUCUUCCAUUAUGUUAGACAAAAACAUGACUAAAACAGAAAUAUACUAUUGUGCCAGUAAAGCUGCUUCUUAUGCAACAUUCAUUAACCCAACAGUUAUGGCACCAUUAAUUACUGAUUUGAUAAAUAGAGAUCUUAAUACGGAGGAAUUAUUCCAUAUUACAGCAGAAGAUUUACAGAUUUGGUCAGGAUUGGAAGGUGAAUUAGUAAUCAAUGUAUUAGACAAAGAUAUUGCUAAAAAAUUAUCUGAUAAAAACCGUAAGGAUUACGAAACUUUGAAAUGGGAACAGAGUAUUAGAAAAGAGCAAGCAAAGAAAAAUGUUAAAAAACUAUCAAAAGAAGAGCAAAUAUUGGUUAAUGCUCAAUUAGAAAAAGAAUCACAAAUUAGAACUAGAAUCACAAAAUUACAGUUAUCUUUAUUCCGUUCUAUUAAUAUUAUCGACAUUUUAAGUAAUGAUGCUACACUAGCUAGUAAUGGUGCUGAAAUUUGGUAUCCGGUUGCUGUAAAUGCUUUAUUAAAGUUGACCCAAACUUCUAAUUCAUUUCAUUUAAUUGACACUCAAGCUAUUGAUACUUUUCUAAACCUUUCAAAGAAUAUGUCUUCCAGAUUAGAAAAAACAAGAUUUUUUAUUGGUUUGGCUACUCUUCGUGUUCAUAAUGUGAACCAUAUACCAGAUAACUUUACCCAAGAGCCAAUAUCGGAAUUACUCACCAGAAUCCUUUUCAAAGUAAAGUUCAUUGCAGAUAGAAAGCCAUUAGAUGCAUUAAGUUUGACUUAUUUGUUACCAUUAUUAAUUGUUGUUUUGGAAGAAGGUAAAAAAGCUGCUAUUAGCAAUGCUGAUAAGCCAAUUUCUAGAAGUGAUUUUGUUGAAGAAGAUAAAAAUGAAGAACAUUUAAUGCUAGCAAUGGAGAUUGUCGCUGUUCAUGCUGAAGUUUUCGAAGAUCCUUCAAUUCCAAGAGUUCCAAUCUUGACAGUUUUAUUCUCUCUACUGGCUUUACCCUCUCAAGCCAAGAUGGCUAAAGAGUGUUUUAAUUCCUUAUCUCAAUCAAUCUCAACAGCUCCAACUUCCGAAGAUCUUACUGUAAUUUUAUCUUCAAUACUAUCACCAAACCCAUUCGUUCGUGCAACCAUUUUGGAAGCUAUAGAUGGUGAAUUUGAACUGGAACCAUUCAUGAACUUUUCUCCAGAAAUUUAUAUUUGCCGAUUUGAUUCAGAAGAAUCUAAUAGAGAAACUGCAAAUUUUAUUUGGGAUUUUAGCAAGUUUGAAAUUACAGAUGAAUUGCCAUCUAAUUUAUUAAAUUUCUUUAAGCAAUCUGAUAGUGGUUUACGUUUGUUUGCAGCUAGAGCUUUUGCUGCUUCUGUCUUACAUCUUAAAGAGACAAAUUUACAUGCUUUGGAUUCUUACUUAAAGUUACUAAUUAGCUUUUAUAAAGAAAAAGCUCAACCUUUAGAAGAUAUGCUGGAUGAAUAUGGUUUGGUUAUAACAACUGCUGCUGAGCGUGAGGAUCCUUGGGAAGCAAGAAGCACAAUAGCAAUUGCUUUAAGAGAAUUAUCUGAUGUUUUUACUGAGGAAGGAGAUACUAUUAUCUCUGUUAUCAGGUUCCUCAUUGAAGAUGGAGCUUUGGGUGAUAGAAACUUAUUGGUAAGACAAGAAAUGAAGGAAGCAGGUGUAGAAAUCAUUACGGAACAUGGUGCUAAGAAGGUUGAAGAAUUGAUUCCGGUAUUCGAAGAGUCAUUGACGGCAUACCAAGAUGCAGCAAUUAAAGAAAAUGUUAUUAUCCUUUAUGGUUCAUUAGCUACACAUUUACCUAAAGGUGAUGCAAGAAUUACUACUAUUGUUGAAAGAUUAUUAAAUACAUUAGAUACCCCAUCAUCUGACGUUCAGCAAGCCGUUUCUCAAUGUUUAUCUCCAUUGGUAAAGAUGUUUAGUAAGGACGUUGAAUCCUAUAUUAACACUCUAAUGGAUAAACUUUUAAAUCCUACUAUUCCAAAAUCAAUUCGUAAGGGUGCUGCUUGGGGUAUUGCUGGUCUAGUUCAAGGUUAUGGUAUUUCUGCAUUAUCUGAUUUUGAUAUCAUUCGUAAUUUGAUCGAAGCUGCUGAAGAUAAAAAGGAGGCCAUUAGGCGUGAAUCUGUUGCGUAUGCCUUUGAAUAUUUGUCAAAGUCUUUAGGUAAAUUUUUCGAGCCAUAUGUUAUUGAGGUUUUACCGAAUAUUUUAAAAAACCUAGGUGAUUCAGUACCAGAUGUUAGACACGCUACAGCUGAAGCAACUAAAGCUAUUAUGGCUCAUACUACAAGUUUUGGUAUCAAAAAAUUGAUUCCUGUUGCAGUUUCAAACUUGGACGAAAUCUCCUGGAGAACAAAGAGGGGCUCCGUCGAAUUGUUAGGUAAUAUGGCCUACUUGGACCCUACUCAGCUAUCAAACUCCUUAGCAACCAUUAUUCCAGAAAUUGUUGGUGUUUUGAAUGAUUCCCAUAAAGAAGUUCGUAAAUCUGCUGAUGAGUCACUAAAGCGUUUUGGUGAAGUCAUUAGAAAUCCAGAAAUUCAAAAAUUAGUUCCAGCAUUGAUUAAAGCUAUUGGUGACCCAACAAAUUAUACUGAAGAAGCCUUAGAUUCCUUAAUUCAAACUCAAUUUGUUCAUUAUAUUGACGGUCCAUCUCUGGCAUUGAUUAUUCACGUCAUUCAUCGUGGUAUGCAUGAAAGAUCUGCUAAUACUAAGAGGAAAGCAUGUAAGAUUGUCGGUAAUAUGGCUAUUUUGGUUGAUUCAAAGGAUUUAAUUCCUUACUUGCAACAAUUAAUCGAUGAAGUAGAGAUUGCAAUGGUCGAUCCUGUGCCAAGUACUAGGGCAACUGCAGCACGUGCAUUAGGUGCUCUUGUGGAAAGAUUAGGUGAAGCUCAAUUCCCUGAUUUGAUUCCAAGUCUGUUUGCUACAUUAGAGGAUGAUAACAGAUCAGGCGACCGUCUAGGGUCUGCUCAAGCUCUAGCGGAAGUUAUUAGUGGUUUAGGUGUUUCAAAAUUGGAAGAAUUGUUACCAUCUAUUCUAUCUGGUGUCACAAACUUUCGUGCGUAUGUGAGGGAAGGUUUCAUGCCAUUAUUACUUUUCUUGCCAGUCUGUUUUGGUACUCAAUUUGCGCCUUAUAUUAAUCAGACUAUCCAGCCCAUUUUAGCUGGUUUGGCUGAUACUGAUGAAAGCAUACGUGAGACGGCUCUAAAGGCUGGUAAAUUAAUCGUUAGAAAUUACGCUACAAAGGCCAUUGAUUUAUUAUUACCUGAAUUGGAACAAGGUAUGUUCAAUGAAAAUGAACGUAUUCGUCUAUCUUCGGUUCAAUUAACAGGUGAUUUGUUAUUCCAAGUUACCGGUAUUUCCUCCAAAAAUGAAUUCGACGAAGAAUCUGAAUACAGCGGUGAAGUUACUAAAAAGAUGGUUGAGAUUUUGGGUCAAGAACGUCGUGAUAAAAUCCUUGCUGCCUUAUUUGUCUGUAGAAAUGAUACUUCUGGUAUUGUCAGAGCUAAUACUGUUGAUAUUUGGAAGGCAUUGGUUCCUAAUACACCUCGUACUAUAAAGGAGAUUUUACCCACUUUAACUGGUAUGAUUGUUUCCAAGCUGGGUUCAACUUCAGUUACAUUACGUAAUAUUGCUGCUCAAACUUUGGGUGAUCUAGUUCGUCGUGUUGGUAGUAAUGCUAUGUCUCAAUUAUUGCCAACUUUAGAGGAAAAUGUGAACUCUUCCGAUGAUUCUAACUCUAGACAAGGUAUUUGUAUUGCAUUAACCGCUUUAAUUGAACCUUCUUCUGCGGAAUCAUUGGAACAAUAUCAAUCUAUUAUUGUUAAUAUCAUCCGUACCACAUUAAUUGAUGGUAGCGAAGCUGUCAGACAAUCAGCAGCUUCUGUAUUUGAUGUGUACCAAAAUGUAGUUGGUAAGGUUGCUGUAGACGAAAUUCUACCAUAUUUAUUAAACAUCCUAAAGUCUUCGGAAAACUCAGAGAAUGCAUUAUUGGGUUUACAAGAAAUUAUGGCGACAAAAUCAGAAGUAAUUUUCCCAAUUUUAAUACCUACCUUAUUGACUCAGCCAAUUGAUGGAUUUAGAGCUUCUGCUCUGGGCUCCUUAGCAGAAGUGGCUGGAUCUGCAUUAUACAGAAGAUUAUCUACAAUUAUCAACUCAUUAGUUGAUAGUUUAAUUAUUAAGGAUAUCUCCACUGAAAAUAGAGAGUCAUUAGAACAAAGUUUUGAUAAAGUAUUAUUAUCAGUGAACGACAACGAAGGUUUGCAUCCAUUAUUACAACAAAUAAUGUCAUUAUUAAAGAGCGAGAAUCUGGAAAAGCGUGUGGUUAUUUUAAACCGUUUACCCAACUUUUUUGAAUAUACUACAUUAGAUUAUGACAUUUACACACCUGAUUUGGUUUCUCGUGAAAUCCCAUCAUUAGAUCAUGAAGAUCCAACAAUCGUUAAUGGGGCCUUUAAAACUCUAUCUGUUCUAAUUAAGAAGCAAGACAAAUCAAUGCUAGAAAAGCUAGUAAUUCCAACUAAACAGGCGUUACACUUAACUGGUAAGGAAGGAACAGAUAUCGCCGCAUUUGCUUUACCUAGAGGUCCGGGUUGUAUUUUACCUAUAUUUUUACAUGGUUUAUUGUAUGGUUCAAAUGACGAGCGUGAAGCAUCUGCUUUAGCUAUUGCGGAUAUUGUCUCUAAGACACCAGCAGCUAACCUAAAACCAUUUGUAAGUGUUAUUACUGGUCCAUUAAUUCGUGUUGUUGGUGAAAGAUUUGGCGGUCAUAUUAAAGCUGCUAUCUUAUAUGCAUUGAAUAUUUUGUUUAGUAAGAUUCCACAAUUUUUAAGACCAUUUAUUCCCCAAUUACAAAGAACUUUUGUUAAAUCUUUAUCCGAUCCAACUCAUGAAAUAUUACGUCUACGUGCUGCUAAAGCUCUUGGUACUUUGAUCGAGUAUCAACCAAGAGUAGAUCCUUUAGUUAUUGAAUUAGUUACAGGUACCAAACAAGCAGCAAAUGAUGGUAUUAAAACUGCAAUGUCAAAUGCCUUAUUGGAAGUUAUUAUCAAGGCAGGUUCUAAAUUGAAUGAGAAUUCUAAAGCAGCUAUAAUUAACUUAGUUGAAGAAGAAUUCUUUUCAAGUAGUGAUAGUUUAGCUGUUGCAUACGCUAAAUUGAUUGGUUCUCUAUCAGAGCUUUUAUCAGUUGAUGAAGCUAAGCAUAUUUUAACAGAUAAGGUAUUAAACAGCUCAUUAACUGGUGAUAAUGCAAGAUUUGCCAUAUUGACGUUGAAUUCAUUUUUAAAGGAUGCCCCUUCUCAUAUUUUUAACACUGAUUUGAGAGAUCAGUUUGUUGACUUCAUUAUCGCAGCUAUUCAAUCUAACGAACUAUAUAUCAGUAGAAAUGGUUUGAUGGCUGCAGGUAAAAUGCUAUUAUUAGAAGGUGAAACAAAAUCUCCAAUGUCUAAGAUUUUAUCUGAAAAAUCCUUUGAAAUUGGUACCAGUAACAUUGAAAGAUUAGUUAAUGAGUUGGGUAUUCAAAUAUUAGAAAACGCAGAUCACUCCCCUGAAACUAGAAGAUUAGCUAUCGUAAUUGUUAGAACCCUAUCUAGAUUCAAGUAUGAAGAAUGUAUCAAGCCAUAUUAUGAUGUUUUAGGUGUUUCGGUAUUUACUUGUAUUCGUGCAACAAUCAUCCCAGUCAAAUUAGCAGCUGAAAAAGCUUAUUUAGCUAUGUUCAGAUUGGUUGAGGAGGAAGAUAUGUCAUCAUUUAAUGAAUGGUUUGACAAAAUCUCGAAGAACGGUUCAAAUAUUGAGACUAUAACUGGUGUUCCGGUACAAUUGAGAUCAAUAGGUGAUUACACCAAGAGAGUAGGUAAAAGAUUAGGUAGUGUUGAAAGAGAAAGAAUCGCAGCUGGUGGUGAUGCAGAAGCUAUGUUCAGUGACAGAUUUGAAGAUGAAAAAGAAAUCUGGGCCAUUGGAGAUAUUGAAUUGGAAAAAGACAUUUGA